UGUGACAUUUCUAAUUAUCAUAUUUUAAAAUGUAUCUUAAUUGAGGAAACAUUGUUUUCCUGGACAAGGAUCCUUGUUACAAGUGUAGUGUAACUUGUCUUUUUUUUUUUUUUUUUUCCGUGUGCAAUACUUUGAUUUAGCCUCACUAAUAGUAGGGUCUUUAUACACGAGAAUGCAAACAACCACGUUUUCAUUUAGCUUUUUCUUCUUGCAUUGAUGAAAAAAUUGUCACAAAUAGUUUUAUCUUAGCUUAAUUCUGUUGAUGAUUUUCAGCAAAUUUGUUGUGUUGCAUGAUAAAUUAUCCAUGGUGCUUAAUAUUCCUGUCAGGUAAGCCUGCAAUAGAUGAUGUGGAUAGUGUGUGACUGUUGCACAGCAACUCUAAAGGAAUAGCAAAGCCUGGAGUAGAACACAUGCUUUAGAAGCUUCUAGUGAAUGUCUAUUCCAAUAACACAAUAAAGGGUUCUUGUCACUGCAAUGAGGCAAUUAAAGGAUGUUGAUUUGGAUGCGUAUAGGAUAUACAAAAGAGUAGUCAAUUUAAACAUGUCUAGUACACUGAAAGCAAUCCUUCCCCAUUUUUUUCUUUAAUUCUAUUGAUUUAUUAUAUGAUAGACAGGCAAUGGACAUCUUGUGUUCUUAAAAAAUGUGUAAUGAAAAUAGCCAAUACUCUAGCAAUCAACAAGACCAAGAUUAGCUGGGGACAGCCACUGGUAUUAGGAGUCUUUACAAUCUUUCAGCUUUUAAGAAAUACCUUGAAUUUUAUUUUAUAUGGUCUGUUCACUCAUCUUUGGACUUCACCGAUUCCAUUGUUUCAUAUAUAAAUGUAUCUUCUUGUUCUGGGAGGAAAAAGUACACGAGAUCUUUAAAAGGAGAUUUGAUAAACAUGUAAGGAUGGAUUACAUAAGCCUAGAGGUCUUUACUGAGCCUGCAAUUCUGUGGAUAGCGCCUUAUGGAACUGUUUCUUUAUGCUUUGUGAAGCUUUCUGGUUAGUGAGAUAUUUCUUGUUACAGAUUUAAAGAAUAUUUUUCAAUUACAGUACUGCAGAAAGAGGAGGAUUUCAGUUUCUAUAAUAACUGUUCUCUACUGACAGCUAAACAAUGAAAGGCCUCAAAAGGUUUGACAUUUGAUUAGAUCUACAUAAAGCGCAGCAGGCAAAAAAAAUGGUAAUCAGGGGCCUGAUCAAGUACAUUGCUCAGGUACGUCUUUAACCUUAAGCACAUGAGCAAUCUAGUUAAUUAAAAAAGAACAGAUACACGUUGUUUGUAAUGUAUCCAUAUUUGGAUCAACAGUCCUAUCAACUACAAACAGGAAUCUUUCAUUAAAUAAAAGAUACGCUACGUUGCAACAAAAUAAUCCACUGACCCACGCUAUGAUGACCUCCUAAAGUACUGCUUUGGUAUUGUCAUUUAUCAGCAUUAUGAGUCUAACAGUAUCUAAAAAUAUCUUGCGAUAUCUUGGUCAGUAUACAGAUAAUAUAUUAUCAGCUGAAGUAAUUACUUUUCAAGCCUUAGAAAAGCAGCUUCUCACUUAAACUCACUGCAAAAUUAAUUGCCAUUCCUGUUCUGAAAUGCUUUUAAGAAGAAAUCUCAAUUGUUUUACUCAAGUUUCUUAUUAAACCUUGCUGAGGUUAAGGACAGUUAGUGUUUUGUUGCUGUUUGAGCAAAGCGCCGAAGCGUGCCUGUGAGAAUCCCAGCACUAAUUCUCCAUCCUGAAAAUGAGAGCCAAGCCCUGCUUUCCAACCAGCCUUUGGACUGUGAGAGCCUUUCAUUCAGUUCUGUGGGAAGGUGCUUUUGGAAUUGAUUUGGGUGUAUGCCACUGUUUCAAAGUCCAUGCUGGUUCCACUUUAUCUGUGCACCUAGACAUACCAACACUCACCUCCAGGGGGUUAGUGAUGCAGGAUGUCCCACUAGAUGAGACAGGCUGAACCCUCUAUGAAGAAAUGCAGGACGUGGAGUUUGAGGACCAGCUUCCCAAAAUAAAGUGCUGUCUUACCAGGAAUCUGUGCAUCUAUAAUGUUUGAAAGAUUUAAUUUGGAAGCUAUAUUCUUAAAAGAGCAGUUCUAAAAAUGUUUACAGAAAGACAGUAUGCUUUUGCUUAACAAAAAUACGAUCAGAACAAAACAGCUUCAGUGUCUAGUAGAGAAGUCGCUACAGUAAAUGUGUUGUAUUUCAGACAGAAGUGACUGACACUAGUUUGAAAGCUUGCUGAAAAAUGAAAGUCGUGUAAAUGGGUGAGAACAAGGAAACCAGUACAGCAACGAGAAGAGAGUCAGACUCUGUAGUUCCAGUAUUUCUGGAGCGCGAUUGGGUUUGGGUUUUUUCUUUUUUUUUUUUCUUCUUGAUUUAACAAGAUGAAAAUCUGCUGAAUAAUUCAUGAACAGUGGAAGGGCUGAAUCUUCCUGGAAUGAUAUACAGAGUACGUACUGUGUCACAGGAGGAACUGCAAAGCUUUGUAUCAGUUGCUGCCGUUUCUGCUACUGAUUGCAAGGUGCUGCCGCUUUUGGCAUUUUCACAGCUACAGAAUCCUCAGCCACGCUCUGGUCUGCUUACAGCCAUCUGCACCCUAUGGACCCACCUUCACUAGCUCCAGCCUCUGGGAUUUCCUGCCACCUAUCUGCCUUGGACACUGUUCUUCUCCGGGUCGUUACUGCUAACUGCAUCUUCUGGACUUGCAGCUCAUAUGACUGAAAUCUGCCUUGAGCUCCCCGCCCGCACAUCAUCUCUCGUGUUCAGCGGGGGGCUGCCGCAGCAGGAUCUGACCUGGAUGAGGAUGGGAUUUACGAGAAGUCAGAACUGAGCUGCACUCAGCGCGAUGCCCAACGCCUCUUCCUGGAGCGCGAGCUCGCCCCUGCUGCUGCUCUGGGAGGACUCCUCAGGGACCCGCAUCUUCCUCUCGCUGCUCUAUGCGGUCCUGGCUAUCUCAGGGACUCUGUCCAACGUGAUGGUCAUCUACUUGGUUUUCUCCUUCAAGAAGCUGCAGACCACCAGCAACGCCUUCAUCGUGAACGGCUGCGCAGCCGACCUGAGCGUGUGCGCCCUGUGGAUGCCCCAGGAGGCCGUGCUGGGGCUGCUGCCCCCGAACUCCUCCUCGCUCCGCUCGGCCGAGUACCGCCUGCUGCGCGAGGGGCUGCUGGGUCUCGGCCUCACCGUGUCCCUGGCCUCGCACCUGCUGGUGGCCUUCAACAGGUACGUGCUCAUCACCAAGCUGCCCAGCGUCUACCAGGCCUUGUACCAGCGGAGGCGCACGGGCUGCAUGAUCGGGCUCUCAUGGGCGCUGGCGCUGCUCCUGCUCCCGCUGCUACCCGGGCUCUGGACGCCGGGCCACGCCCCAACACCGCCCCCGCGGCAGACGGACGGCAGCUCCCGCUACCCCGCGCUGCUCCUCGCGCUGGCCGUGCUGGCCCAGACGGCGCUGCUGCUGCACUGUUAUCUGGGCAUCGUGCGCCGGGUGCGGGGCAGCGCCAAGCGGGUCAGCGUGCUCAACUUCCACCUGCUGCACCAGCUGCCCUUCCCCGCCGCGCCGCCGCCGCCGCGCCGCGCCCAGCGUCGCCUCAGCAGCGUUUCCGUCCUGCUGCUCUGCUGCGUCUUCCUGCUGGGCACGCAGCCCCUCGUCUGGGUCAGCCUCCUCGGCUUCUUCCUGCGGCCCGCUCCGCCCGCGCUGCAGGCCGCCAGCUGGCUGCUGCUCUGCUCGCUCUCGGCCCUCAACCCGCUGCUCUACACUUGGCGCAGCGAGGAGUUCCGCCGGGCCGCGCGCUCUGUCCUGCCUCGCGCCGAGGGCUCCUCCACCGCUCCGCGACGCGCCGCCGGUCACACCGCCGGAGCUGCCGCCCCGCCCUGCCCACAGCUGCCGCGGCGCCGGAGCACGGCGGGCAGCGCCGCACCGCGCUGA